UUUAAGAUCAUUCCAUCUCGAAUGACUUCCCUCCAAAGGGAUAGUUCCUCCACUGUCAUUUCUUCUCCUGUUCCUCUUCUUCUUCUCGCAGUGGAAAUGGAUCACCAGGAGAAGAAUCUUCGUCGUCCACAUGUCGCACUCCUAUACGACGAGAGGAUGUGCAGCCAUGCCAACCCUAACGAUGAGGACCACCCGGAGACUCCAGAGCGGAUCAGAGCCAUCUGGAAGAAGCUCGAAUCCCGAGGAAUCCCUCAAAGAUGUGUGAUCUUGGGUGCUAAAGAAGCAGAAGAUAGGUACAUAGCAUUGGUUCAUACCCAGAAGCAUAUCAAUUUGAUAAGGAAUAUCAGCUCUAAAGAUUUUGAUUCAUGGAGGAGGAAUAGGAUUGCAUCGAAGUUCAAUUCAAUAUAUUUUAAUGAAGGCUCGUCUGAAGCUGCUUAUCUUGCUGCUGGCUCAGUUAUAGAGGUCUCUGAGAGGGUUGCCAAAGGAGAAUUUAGAUCUGCUGUUGCCAUUGUUAGGCCUCCUGGUCAUCACGCAGAACCAGAUGAAGCAAUGGGGUUUUGUCUUUUCAACAAUGUCGCAGUUGCAGCUAAUCUUCUUGUGAAUGAGAGACCUGAAUUGGGCAUAAGAAAAAUCUUGAUUGUUGAUUGGGAUGUCCAUCAUGGAAAUGGUACUCAGAAGAUGUUUUGGAAGGACCCGCGGGUGUUGUUCUUCUCUGUUCAUAGGUUUGACUUCGGAAGUUUCUAUCCAUCUGGGGAUGAUGGCUCUCAUACUAUGGUUGGAGAAGGAUUAGGUGCAGGUUAUAAUAUAAAUGUUCCUUGGGAGCAUGGACAAUGUGGUGAUGCAGACUACCUUGCAGUCUGGGACCACGUACUGAUCCCUGUAGCCAAGGCUUACAAUCCAGACAUGAUUCUAAUUUCUGGCGGAUUUGAUGCAGCCAUUGGUGAUCCACUCGGGGGUUGUCGUGUUAGCCCAUAUGGAUAUUCAGUUAUGAUGAAAAAGCUAAUGGAGUUUGCCAGGGGAAGGAUUGUGAUGGCCUUGGAAGGAGGGUACAACCUCAUGUCAUUAGCAAAUUCAGUUCUUGCAUGCGUAGAAGUUUUACUAGAUGGAAAACCUAUUGUUGGAUCUUCAGAGGCCUAUCCAUUUGAGUCCACAUGGCGUGUAAUACAAGCGGUUCGUCAGGAACUAAGUUCCUUUUGGCCUGCUUUGAAUGAAGAAUUACCGGAAAAGAUAUUAACCAACUGUAUCAAAACACGUCCACUCGAGCCUAAUCUGAGCUCGGCUUCUGACUCUGAUGCCGAGAAUGACAGACUGAGCAAUGCUUUAUCAGAAUCUCCUGGAGGUUUAUGUGGAACAAGCCCUGCUGAGGCUGUUGAGGAUGUUAUCCUGCCCCUUUCGAAGCUGAAAGUUGAUGAAGAUAGCCAUGAGAAAGAGAUUGAUUCAAAUCAUUUCACACCUGAUGAAGGAACUUCCUUGGUCUCAUCUGAAGAAUGUGACAAUGAACCGGUCUUGUCCCCAGUUCAAAGUGUAGAUGGUCCUAUUCUCUGGAGAUCAGUCUAUUCCAAGAUCAGCAUUUGGUACGGCAGCUAUGGUUCAAAUAUGUGGAAACCGAGGUUUCUCUGCUACAUUGAAGGUGGACGGGUGGAAGGUAUGAAAAAGCCAUAUUCCGGAUCAAAGGAUAAAAGCUUGCCAAAGGAGAUUAUGUGGAAGAUGGUGUCUUAUCGUUUAUUCUUUGCGCAAUCCCAUACCCAUACAUGGGGCGCCGGAGGAGUUGCUUUUCUUCAUCCAGAAAGUAGCAGUGAUGAAAAAGCUUACAUUCGCAUGUAUAAAAUAACGCUUGAGCAGUUCAAUGAUGUGCUACUUCAGGAGAAUUCUCUAACCAGUGACGUAGCAUCUCCUUUAUUUGAUUCAUCUGCAUUGGAUUUUGUUACAAGAAACAAAUCCACACAUCUGGAGGCUCUUAAGGGUGGAUGGUAUUCUAAUGUUAUUUAUUUGGGGAUGGAGCAUGGCCUUCCCAUACUGACUAUGACGUGUCCCCUAUCAUAUAUUGAUAAUUUUAAAUCUGGUAAACUUCCAAUGCAACCUCCGUCUGAGGACUAUGCCAAAACAUUGGUGAAAGGAUUGGUAGAAGGGAAGCAGCUCUCCGAAGAGGAAGCAGUUAAUUAUAUCCAUGGUUCUGCUGUUAGACAGAUAUGACUACAUCUAAUGCCCAUAUUUUCAAACCCUUGGAAGCUCUAUUUUGUAUAUUCAGUGAAAACAGAUUCAGGUAAACUAUGAACUGUAUAUUCUGAUCAGUCAUACACCACCACGAGCAUACAACAAAUGUGCUUGAAAAACAAAAACAAGUAUAUAACUUGAUUGAGAAAAGCCAGCCAUAGUGGAAGUAUGUCCAUGAUUCUCCA